AUGGUCAUAGAAGUCUACAGAUUGCCGAUUCUAGGUUCUGGGAAGAGGAACUUGAAAAACGAACUGGGUUGUUUUUUAGAAAUGGGUAUCCAGAAAAAGCUGAAAGGAAAGCAACGGAAAUAUAUAAAAACGGUGGAUAUGUCUAUUCUCCCGCGAAUCGGCUUGGAGGCUGCGGCCGAUACUAUUGAAAUGGAAAAUUCACGGAAUCCUGAAGCAAAGGGCAAUCCUAUUCUAAAACUUGCCUACACAACAUAA